UGUUCGAAUUGAUUCAUGGGUUGUCAGUAAGGUUCACUUUCUGGCGCACGCCGUCCCGAGCAAGUCGUGUUUUUCGUCAUGGACGCCAGACAAAUACAAAGCUCAAUUUCUGAAGAAGUAAACAGAGUUGUUUCACAUCAGCAGUCCGAAUUGUUAAACAGUUUGCAAAAUAUGAUGGACAGUCGUUUGUCAGUUUUUCAGCAAAACAUUCAACAAAUUUCCGCGUCUCAAAUAAGCAAAAUUGAGGACAAUUUGAAUGAACAUUAUGUGUUUCGUAAAAAAGGAAACGAGAAUCUGUAUAAACAUGAAGCCCGAGUGUUCAUUAAGUUGGAGGAGGCCAGAGAACAUUUAAAGUGCGGGAGCGACGAUGGAGUGGAGUCGGCAAAGAGCAGUAUCGCUGAAGGUAUUGAGAUGGUUAAAAAUCGUCAGAAAGUGAUUAAGUUGGCAGAUUCGUCCCAGCUUGAUUGGAAAAUAGUGCAAGAGUAUCAGGCAAACCCCAUAGCAGACGAUUCGGAUGAUGAGAAGAAGAUGUACAGAGCACAGAUUAGAGCCGAGCGGAAAGUUUUCAGCGGGAGAAAACGACAGAGAUUCGAACCCUAUCAGAAGAAACCGGCGACCGUCACCCGCAUGGAGACAGAUGAAAGAUCAACGAGCAGUGGAAAACCCGGCAGAUGUUUUGACUGCGGAGCUAAGGGACAUUGGAGUCGGAAUUGUACGAAGAAAGAUGACAAAGCAAACAAGAUAAGUGAAAAUUUAGAUAAUUUUUUGCCUAAUUCAAAUCUGGCGCUUUUAAUGAUAUAAGUAAUAUCAUAUCUCCAGUUGGUCGUUUAAGAUCAUGUUACAAUGAAUGGGAGAAAAUUGGGACAGGUAAAACAAUAUUAGAUAUUAUAAAGACAGGAUAUAAAAUUCCAUUCAAAACAAAUCCUUCUUCUAUUGAAUUAAACAACAAUAGGUCAGCGAGAGAUGAAUCAGAAUUCGUCACAGGUGAGAUAAGGAUUUUGAUAGAAAAGGAAUGUGUGGCACGGGUAAGGGAAAAACCAACAGUUGAAAUUCUUUGACGGUGGCCAACAAUAGAAACGGUAAGCGAAGGUUGGUACUGGAUUGCAGGCACGUGAAUCCUCAUUUGCACAAGUUUAAGUUUAGAUACGAAGAUGCUGUCACUGCAAAAGAAAUGC